CUAAUUUGAAGUAACGUUAAUCCACUCUAUUUUGGUUCAAAAUUAACGAUGACCAAUGCAAGGCAUUUUAAAGAUUCUCCAUUAAUCAAAUCAACAAACAUAACAAAAUGUUGGUAUUAGAUUCCAUAAAACCCUCAAAUUCCUUUCUUGGCCUUUUCUCUUUGUCAGCGUUUUGUCUCCGCAACCAGUCCCAUUCCCGUCGCCGUUCACAAACUAGCAACUCUUUGUCUACUGUACAAAGUGAAUAUAGAGAAGCUUUAAUCAAUGGCGUGCAGAGUGCUGACGGUGGCUCAAGAUGGUAGCGGUAAUUACAGGACGGUGCAAGAAGCAAUAGAUGCCGUGCCACUAUGCAACACUGGCCGUACAGUUAUUCGUGUAGCGCCUGGAAUAUACAGGCAGCCUGUCUAUGUACCCAAAACAAAGAAUCUAAUCACUCUUGCUGGCUUAAAUCCUGAGAAUACUGUUCUUACAUGGGACAAUACAGCCACCAAAAUCGAUCACCACCAGGCUUCUAGGGUGAUUGGAACUGGGACUUUUGGAUGUGGGAGUGUGAUUGUGGAAGGGGAAGAUUUUAUUGCUGAGAAUAUAACUUUUGAGAACUCUUCUCCUGAGGGUUCAGGUCAAGCUGUGGCAGUCAGGGUGACAGCUGAUCGGUGUGCAUUCUAUAAUUGUAGGUUUCUUGGUUGGCAGGAUACACUGUAUUUGCACUAUGGAAAACAGUAUCUGAAGGAUUGCUAUAUCGAAGGAAGUGUGGACUUCAUUUUUGGAAAUAGCACCGCACUCUUGGAGCAUUGUCAUAUCCACUGCAAAUCAGGUGGUUUCAUAACAGCACAAAGCAGAAAAUCUUCUCAGGAGUCAACUGGUUAUGUUUUCUUGAGAUGUGUGAUCACUGGUAAUGGAGGGACUUCAUAUGCUUAUCUUGGACGUCCAUGGGGACCCUUUGGGAGGGUGGUCUUUGCAUAUACCUAUAUGGAUCAAUGUGUCAGACAUGUAGGCUGGAACAAUUGGGGCAAAGUGGAGAAUGAGAGGAGUGCUUGCUUUUAUGAGUACAGGUGUUUUGGACCUGGUAGCUGUCCAUCAAAACGAGUGACAUGGGCCAGAGAACUGAUCGACGAAGAAGCAGAGCAAUUUCUUGUGCAUGGUUUCAUUGAUCCUGAUGCUCAAAGGCCAUGGCUUGCCCAAAGAAUGGCCUUGAGGAUACCAUAUACUGCAUGAACGUUAUAUAACCUUAGGUGAUAAGGCGUGCACGAGCAGGGUGCUGUCUGUGACGAAAGCUUUCAGCAAAUAAUUAGAGAGUUGUGACAGAUAUAUACGGAACAAAUAAGUGUCAUAUGGGUACUGCAAUGUCCCCAAUCUGUAUUAACAGUAUAAGCUUCAUCACCCUUAAGCUGUGUUCUCUGCAGAAGGGUAGCUAUCUUAUUUUGUUUCAUUUUUCAUGCUGAAGGAUCCCAAGUUUAAGAUGAUUUGUAUUAAUGUAUCAUAAGCUUGAGCAGUUUGAUUU